CAAAACAGAACACGCCCACCCCAGUUGUCUGCACGAUUAAUUACAAUGAGCAAAUGACACUGAUGUAUGGAGAUGGACGGUUAUUAUCAGAAGACGUAGAUAAAGAAAACUAUCCUUCAGUUUACUGCAAACAAGCAAUAUGCUGAGACGUCUCAAAUCACACCUAGACACAGCAGUAGACAAGGUCUGGUCCACAGAGGUCAAAGAUGAGAGUGAAAAACCAAUCAGAUAUGAGUACAGUCGACCCGAGUUCCUGCGACUGAAUGCAGAGAAGUUAAAAGUGUCCCAGGACUUUAUGACUCGACCCAUUGUGACAUCUAAUGAACCAAUGGUUCUUCCUUUCAAUGCAGGAUAUGCAGAAUGUAUCAAUGGUGGAAAAAGUAACAUGAACGAAGACCAGGCUACAGCUAAGCAGUACUUCCUGGAUCUGGACACACAUGAACUGACUGAAUCCAGUGAGGACUUCCCAACAACCAUACAAAUGACAGAUGUGGCAGCAGGAAGGAUAUCUAAUAAAUUAACCUUGACCUACUUUGGGAUGUUUGACGGCCAUGCGGGUCCUGAUGCAGCCCUGUGGUCAUCCAAACUUCUCCACAAACACAUUGUUGAUCGACUGAAGAGCAAGACAGAGGUUCUGAAAGCCAAGAUCUUGUCCAUGGACCCGGAGAACCACAAAGAGAAAAAUAGCCAUGACUCAGAGAAGUUUGGUCCACUGGAUGUUGUGUCUCUAGAUAGUCUGAUUGUGGGAGCCCUUGAGGAAUCUUUUAUAGCUAUGGAUGAUCAGAUCAAGAGAGAAAAAACAACGUACUCAAUACGAGGAGGAUGUGCUGUGAUAGUAGCCAUUUUUAUCUUUGGGAAACUCUUUGUGGCUAACGCUGGGGACUGCAGGGCAGUGGUGUAUAAUAAAGGCCGAGCAGUCAGAUUAUCAAGGGACAUGACUCCCUACUCAGAAAGAAACAGAAUCCUUGCCCUAGGUAUGGCAAAGCCAGACCUUUUACAUGAAGAGUUUACAUGUUACGAGUAUCUGAAGAGGAUAACUAGGAGUGAUAUAGGAAAACCAAUUCUCUAUAGAGGACCUACUAUGGCCGGCUGGGGCUACAAAAUAGCUGACCAAGACGAUCUGAAAGUACCUCUUAUUACCUGUACUGGAAAUAAGUCUCGAUUGAUGCAGACAAUUGGGGUUGCUAGAGGUUUUGGUGACCACGACCUGAGGUUAUACGACUCCAAUAUCUACAUGAAGCCAUUCCUGUCAGCAGUUCCAGAAGUGUGUGUAUAUGAUCUAAAGACAGCUGAUUUAGAUGACAAUGAUGUCUUGGUGAUAGGAAGUGAUGGUUUAUGGGAUUUAUUGAAAGUCGAAGAGGUCCGAAAAUCCGUGAGCGACGUACUCCAUCUAUACAAUGUAAACAACCAAAAAAGAUAUUUAUCUGUGGCUGAGGAACUUGUGACAUUAGCUCGCGGAACAUUCAGUGGAAACAACUGGAAGAAAAAGAAUGGAGAACCAGGCUCAUUUGAUGACAUUACUGUGUUUGUAACACCUCUAAAACACUGACCCAUGUACGAUAUAAAUCUUAUGAUAAUGUGGUUUGUAAAUAUAGGUGAUGCCGUUUAUCUCUGAAAUCUUAGUUUAAAGGGGCAGGACACAGUUACAUUGUCGUUUUGUUUACAAUUUUAAAUUCCAUCUUUUUUUAAAAUCAGUUUAAUGAAUAUUACUGACAUGAAAAUCCUUAAAAUUCAAUGAAAAUAAUAAUCUUUUUUAACAUCAAGCACUAUUUGUAAACAUGGACACAAGCUCUGUUAUAGUUAAUUUUUACCGUUUUACCGGUUGUUUUCAGUUUACUAACUGCACACAUCACUGAACACGAACUGACAACACUGCUUUGUUAGUUUUGCUUUCUCACAUUUCUAUUCUAACUUUACCUGAUUAUUGUUUUAAUGUCUUAUAUAAAUACACUGCAAAUUUUCUAUUUUUUUUUUCUUAAAUACUUAGAAUAUUUUUUUUUUGAGAGAGUGCAAGUAUGCUUGACAAACAAACACGCCCAAAAUUUGUACUUUUAAGAAUUUCAGACAAAUGAAGUUUCUAAUAAAGCUUUUAUCAUAUAUCGCUCUGAUAUGCUUUCGCAACAUGUACCGAAAAUCGUGAAAAAUAUUAACUUCAAAUCUGUGUCCAUGCCCCUUUAACAUUAUUGGAUGCUGCUCAAGUGAUUAUGGAAUUAGUGCUGCUAGAACAAAUCAAUCCAUAUAUUGAUUUUUUUUUAAUUAAAAAGAAAGAGACUAUGUGUGAUUGACAUCAUGUGAUUUAUUGUUUUACGAUGUGAUAAAUUCCACAUUUUGUUUUUGUUUUAAUAAACUUUUAACACAU